GCUCUGCUGCAGCUGCCCCUGUUAAAGAGCUGUAGACGCGAGCCAGGUAGCGGCUAGCUCGUGCCACUACGUGAGUACAGGAAGGAUUGUUGUUAAGGAGACGCGGCCCGGGAUAGCCGCUCGCAGCACCGAUGAUGGAGCAAAAGGGAGCCCAGUGAGGGGAGCAGUAGUGGCACCCUAACCUCGGGGGCGUGAUCCGCUCCACGUCUGUCACGGAGAAGGGAAGGAUUUGAUUAGCAACUCGAAAUGUCCGGCAAGAUUGAGAAACCAGAUUCACAGCGUUCUCACCUGAGCUCGUUAACCAUGAAAAUCAUUGAUAAGUUUCACUCGCCCAAAAUUAAACGCACACCAUCAAGGAAGACAAAGCCAGCAGAAAUUACACUGACUACGUUGGAGAAACCAGCAAACAAACAUUUAAAUCGCCUUGAAGAGCAGGAGAAGGAGGUUGUAAGUGCCCUGAGAUAUUUCAAAACUAUUGUGGACAAAAUGGCAAUUGACAGGAAAGUUCUGGAGAUUUUACCAGGCUCGGCUAGUAAAGUGCUGGAGGCAAUCAUACCAUUAGUGCAAGUAGAUGUACGCAUCCAGCAAAGUUCAGCUGUUUCCUCCUGCUGUAACCGUGUGUAUCAGAGUUUGGCUAAUCUGAUUCGUUGGUCUGACCAGGUGAUGUUAGAGGGCGUGAACCUAGAUGACAAAGAUGCUGUUGUUGCAGUCACAUCAAUAAUUAAAGCAGUUCUUGAUGGAGUCAAGGAGCUUGUGAGACUGUUGAUAGAGAAGCAAGAACAGCCAUCUCCAACAACACCUGUAAAGCCCAGUUUACCAGCAUGUAAAUCAGAUAGUAUUUCAGAUCUUCCAUUAACUGAUCGUGAAAAAGAGAUUUUAAGUAAAACAACUCCAGUAAUGCAGUCAUCCGAUGUGAUACCUGAUGAAGAAGCCGCACCUCCAAAGCCACCUUUACCUGGCAUUCGAGUCGUGGAAAACAGUCCCCCACCUGCAUUACCACCUAAAAAACGAUCAUCUGCUCCCUCCCCUACCAGAGUGGCAGUGGUAGCGCCCAUGAGUAGAGCUGUUAGUGGAUCUAGUUUACCCGUUGUCAUCGACAGACAGGACUGCGAUGGAGACUGCUACACUCAAAGGAGGCGGUCAGGUGGAAGCCAUUCUUAUGGAGGUGAAUCUCCACGUCUCUCACCUUGCGGUAGUAUGAACAAACUCAGCAAAUCAGAUGAGCAGCUUUCCUCUAUUGACAGGGACAGUGGGCAAUGCUCUCGUAACACAAGCUGUGAAACACUUGAUAAUUAUGACCCGGAUUAUGAUUUCCUGCAUCAGGAUCUUUCAAAUGUUGACCAUGUGCCCGGCUUUGCUUCAGUCAUGCUGAGCCCUCUGCCAGAGUACAUGGGCGAAUCUGUCUCUCCAUUUCAAGGACAGAGUUUCCAGAUACCGACUGCACCUCUUCAACCAGAAAACUGCAAGUCUAAUUAUGUAGUACCAAACACAGAACUGCCUCCUGCACUGCCUGAGAAAAAAAGAAGGUCGUCUCAAGCAACAUUUUCAGAUGUGAGCUCGUGCACAAGGACAUCCUAUGAAAGACAUCCUUCUCAGUAUGAUAACAUUUCAGAAGAAGAUAUUCAAAACGCACUUCCUGUGGGUAGCUACACCCCUUUUGCUGCAGUAUCACCACUCCAGCAUGGAACAACUCAUUCUUCCUUACCAGAGUUCAGUCCAUCAGAUGGAGACUUGUCUGAGACACCACCCCCACUUCCAGAGAAAAAGAAAAAGCACAUUCAGACGUACAUGCAGUUUGUGGAGGAUUACUCCGAGCCUCAGCCAUCCAUGUUCUACCAGACACCACAGAAUGAACUUAUCUACCAACAGAAGAACAAGCAUCUCAUGGAAGUCUACGGAAUCCAUGAUUCCUUCAGUAGCACCGAUUCAGGGCAAGACCUCGCUCCACCUCCAGCUCUUCCACCAAAACAGCGACAGCUGGCAUCCUUUGCAUCACCGUCCUUCUCCUCCUCCUUUUCCUCUGUCGCCUGUUAUACUCAGCAGUGCAAAGUGCCUGUCCCUGCAGAGGACAUCUGUGCCAGUCAGAUUAUCAGCACUUCUGUCUCUAACUCCUCUCUCAGCCAGUACACCUCCUUUACUGCACAUUCGUACAAGUCUGUGUUUCGGUCCUAUUCCCAGGACUUUGCCCAGCACAAUCAAGUCUCCAUUCCUCCUUUUAUUUCAUCUGCCUCCUCCCACUUUCCACCUGUCUGCCAGUCUCGAAGCUCAGAUCUAGCAGUGCCCGCCAUAUCUGACCAGUCAAGCACUGUGGAUGUGCCAAGCUGUUCAUCUCAGGACAGCUCUAAUGGGAGUGCUCCUUUCUGCCUUCCUUCUGAAACUUCUUUAACUGAUUCUCUCCAGACCUGUUCGAGCGAGAAUGCUAGCGAGGAAGCUGGUGAGGGUGAAUACGUCAAUCUGUAUUCGUCCAGCCAAACCAACGGAGAACUUUCCCACUCUGAAGGAGAGUCUACAGCUGUAAAGGAUACAACUUUACAGAAAAACAUUUCCUCGGGAAAGGAAGGCAGAGACCCAAGAUGGCAAAGAUCUGCAGAUUCCCUGGAUUCAGGGCAGUGUGAUGAAGAAGUUGAUGAACUGUGUUUGAUGGACCACGAUGAGAUUGUGUCAAGGUUAACAUUAAAGCAAGAGGGUGAUGAUGGACCAGAUGUUAGAGGAGGAUCUGCAGAUAUAUUAUUAGUUCAUGCAACAGAGACUUAUCGAAAAGAUCUCAUUUUGUACUGUGAGGCCUUCCUGAUGACAUACAGAACAUUCAUGACACCCGAAGAGCUCAUCAAGAAGUUACAGUACAGAUAUGAGAAGUUCUGUAAUAAUCCAGACAAGUUCAAAAAACGUGUGAGCAACAACACAUUUUUUGUGCUAGUGCGGGUAGUGGAUGAGCUGUGCAUGGUGGAACUGACAGAUGACAUAUUGAAACUGCUGAUGGACCUGGUGUUCCGUUUAGUGUGCAAUGGAGAACUUAGUCUCGCUAGGGUUUUAAGAAAUAAGAAUCUUGAGAAGGUGGAGCAGAAAAGACUUCUGAGAUGUGUGUACUCUAGCAGGACUCUUGCUUCAAAAGGUGUUGCUGCUAGACCUGGAACACUUCAUGAUUUUCACAGUCAUGAAAUUGCAGAUCAGCUGACGUUGUUGGAUGCAGAAUUAUUCUAUAAAAUUGAGAUUCCAGAGGUGUUGCUGUGGGCAAAGGAGCAGAAUGAGGAGAAGAGCCCCAACCUAACACAGUUUACAGAGCACUUUAACAAUAUGUCUUACUGGGUCCGUUCCAUAAUUAUACUGCAGGAAAAAGCUCAAGACAGGGAACGACUACUCUUAAAAUUUAUAAAAAUUAUGAAGCACUUACGGAAGCUAAACAAUUUUAAUUCCUACUUGGCCAUAUUAUCAGCACUAGAUUCUGCACCAAUUCGAAGACUUGAAUGGCAGAAACAAACGACAGAGGGUCUGGCAGAGUAUUGUAUGCUCAUUGACAGCUCCUCUUCAUUCCGAGCCUAUCGAGCAGCACUUGCAGAAAGGGAGCCACCCUGUAUACCUUACCUGGGUCUAAUUCUGCAAGAUCUGACAUUCGUUCACCUUGGUAAUCCUGAUUACAUUGACGGGAAGGUGAAUUUUUCCAAACGCUGGCAACAGUUCAACAUUCUGGACAGUAUGCGUCGUUUUCAGCUUGGUCAUUAUGACAUUAAGAAAAAUGAAGACAUCAUUUCAUUCUUCAAUGAUUUUAGUGAUCAUCUAGCAGAAGAAGCAUUAUGGGAACUGUCUUUAAAAAUAAAACCGCGGACUAUCACAAGAAGGAGAACUGAGCGGGAAGAGAAGACCUAGAACAGAAACUGUAACAAUCACUUUAACAACUUGACCUAAGCUAGUGUACUGGAACAGAGUCAAUACCCUUCUUUCCUGUUUGGAAUAAGCAUUCAGCAACAGAAUUAUGCAUUUGUCUUUGUGAUUAUGCACAGAGCAUGCAAACAUCUGAAAUCAACAACUAAAGUUGGACAUUUCAUUUCUGCAAAUCCCAAAAAAAGUUAAAAGACUUAAGUGCCAUGUGCAUGGAACAGAGGAUGUCCAUUUUGAAAGUGAAUUUAGACUCAUUUUUGUACUUUUUUCCUUCUGCCCUUUUUCUUUGCCUUUUUUAGUGGCCUGAGGAGGAUUGCCAGUAAUGGAGAAAAGGAUUGCAUCUUGCAGACUUCAGAUAUUAAUCUGAACACUUGAAAGUUACACUUAUCAGCCCAGCUGGUGGAUAUCAGCGUCCAUGUUUCACUUCAGGCCACGUGGUUCUCAAGCUAAGGUCAUCAGUAAGCCCCAGCCACGUUUUAAGUGUACUGUGCUUCACUUUCUCAUGGAGAGCAUCAAAUAUUCCAUGUUCCUGACAGCCGGCAUGUUUACUUUUUUGUUGUUGUUUUAUUAGGUUACCUUAUUACCCUUCAUGCUUGUCAAAGGGCAUAUAAAGUUGUAGGUUAACAGCUUGAUUUAAAGCAACAGAUUUAUUUCCAGGAGUGUUGAUACAGUUUGGGAAACCACCAAAGGACUUUAUAUAGUGAGACAGCCUGCAGGAAUUUUUUUCCUUGCUCACAAGACUGGUGGGAUGAACACGUUCAGCAUCCCUGUUAAUGGAUGAAAUGCAGUUACUGUGGUUUACAUCUCUAGUAGACUUUGCUUCUAUCCGUGAUGGUACUAGCCUUUGCACAGUAAAAUACUGUAGUGUAUAUGAUUGGUAGUUUGUAAAUACUAUUAUUUAGAUCAUGUUUAUUGAAAAUAUUUUUCCUUUUGUUUUUUUGUGCAUGUCUGGCAGGAAGCCAGAUAUUUUAAAGCAAUGCAAAAAGUAAAUUGUAUAUAUUUAUAUAUAAAUAUAUCUCGAUAUAUAUAUAUAAAUAUAAAAGUGUGAAACUUGUGUUGUAGCCACUUUGGUGAGUUGAGGGUUGGGCAGCAUCAACAUGCAGCUUUUUUCACUAAACCUUACUGGAGACGUAAGCAAGUUAUACAUUUCUAGGGAGCUGUUGUUCCUCCAUUUUAUAUGUUACAGUAAUAGAGGAAAUGUAUUAUUCUUCACAGUAUGUCUCAUUUAAAAAAAGUGUACCAUCUGUAAACAGUUAGAGGAAUUAUAUAACAUGACUGGGGGAGCUACACACAGUAUCUGUGGACUUGAUUUGUGUGAGGCUGGCAAACUGGUAUUUUUGUAGUUCUUCACGGUGCUUUUUUUGCACAUGAUAGUUCUGUGCUGUAAAUGGUAUUGCCUGAUUUUCAUUCUUUUACUUUCUAGAACCUUUAAGACUAAUGUUUAUACUUCCCUCUCGGUAUGUGUCUUGGAGUUGAUGUCUGACCUUAAUAUCAAAUACAUUUUAAACGUUUCCAUUUGUCAGAGUAAAUGUUCUGAAACAAAUUUAAUUUUACCUAGUUAAGACUAGGAAACCAGGUUCUUAAAAAAGACUCUUAUUACAUAUUCUAUUUCAGUGGAGCUGCUGAUAAAAAACUGACUACUAAAUUAAGCUUUUCCCAGUGAAUUAGAUUCUCUUAUGGCAUUGCCUAAAGAUGUUAACAUUUACCUUGUGAUAGAAUAGUAUUGCCCAUUCCCUCACUGUUCUGCUUACAGGCGGCAUUUUGUAUUGGCACAUUAAAAAGUUAAUGCAGUUUUCCUUGAAGCUGAGAGCCUAAGCAACAUAAAUAAGGGACGCCACAGAUGACGGUAUCCAGGACAUUAUUUGGUACACAUAAUCUGAAGUCUGUCUUUGGCCAUUUGUGAUAAGGAGCUUAAAGUAUACCAUAACCUACCAUAGCAUCCUCAGUUUGCUUCAUCAGUUACAUUUUUGGAGGUUUUUAUUUAUUUAUUUUUUUGGUACUGCUUACAGAAGAGGGGGCUCAAGCCUGUUCAUGGCAAAAAAUGGCACAUUACAUCACUAAACGAUGUGUUAAGUGGACCCAGGCAUUGCAUUACAUGCCUUUUUUUGUGUGUGGGGCCUGUAUGUAAGUGGCUGUAGUCUGUAGCUCUCCUUGUAAGAUUACAAAACUGCAUCCUGCAGCUGCCCCAGUAGAAAUUGAAACUGGCUGAAAAAAAAUUAAUGUAGAUUAUUAUUACAGUAGCAUUUGGAGUCCACAUGUUACUCAAUAGAAAUUUGUCCUCUGUUACUCGCACAUUUUCCUGUAGUACUGAACACUAGAAAGUCCUUCCUUAGUAGUUUCAGUAUAUAUUUCUUGCUUCCACGCCUUCGCAGUGUGCUGUAUCAGUCACUGUUUCAGUAUAUACUUCCUGCUUCAGGCCUUCAGAGUAUGCUGUAUCAGUUGCAAGAAGCACCAGUGAAAUCACUGUUACUACUGGAGAAUGUUUAGCGUCUCCUACUAGUUCAGUGACUUCUCAAAAUUUGUUGCUGAUUGAGCUAGUCCAUUUCAAGUAAUGUUCUGUGGGGUUGGUACAGGUGUACAUCUUACAGCUUUGCUGCUCAGUAAGGUUAUAAGAGUUUGUCCAAACUGUUAAAACCACUACAAGAGGAUGUCAUUGAAUCACUCUUCAGUACUGAUGCUUUUAUUUCUCCUAGGGAUGUAUACAUGAUGUCUUUAAAUGACUUUAAUUCAGAAACCUUCACAGGCUGUUUCACUUCAUCUUGUGUAUGUCACAUGUAGCACACAAGUACUACUUUGACAGCACUGGUCCUCAAGUUAGUUAUCGAUAUGGUUCCGAAACAACUCACACUCCCAAUGGAAUGAGAGGAAUCUCCUUUGUGAAUUCAUCCACAGAAAAAGGCAGAAUCUGUCAUGUAAGCAUUUGUUACAAGGGAUUUCUGCAUAGCUAGUGAGCCUUUGGGGCAAGGUUCUUGGUUGACUAAUGCCCAUUUAGCAAUAACUCGUCCAUCUUUGGUAAAUUUAUCAAGCAUCUUUUUUCCUAGUAUCUUUGCUUUCUCAAAUGUCAGCCAGACGUCAACUCUACUUCUCUCCAUCAGCCCACUCAUUUCCCAGUGACUGGGGACAAAUCGCAGGCAGCCAUCACAGUUUUCAUUUAUUUAGCCCUAACCGCCUUCCCCCAGGUUGAUAUGCACACUUACAUUUCUUUCAUGUACCACCAUGAACUCUACCAUGCAAAUGUUUACAUCACUGAAGCAUACCUCACAUGCUAUGCACCUCUCUUUCCAGUAGGUGCUAACACUGCAGGGGGUGAGACUUUCCACCCCUCAUCACCCAGUUUUUCCAAUAAUUGAACCACUAAUUUGUUGUGGAUCAUUCAGAUUGUAGUUAGGGCUUUGUGUGUCUUUGCCCCAAUGCCAGCCUUACCUAACAUCUUUUUUAUUUAUUUAUUUAUUUUUUUUUAAAUCUCUGUAGGAUUAAUAUCCUAGUUAAGAGUUUGAUGUGAGGCUUGUCUUUAACUCAUUCAUACACUGCAGCACCUGCUAUAAAAUCACCUUAUUGGGCAGUUUGAGUCAGAGUGGAAAACAAUUGAGAGUUUUACCAUUGAAUAAAUAUGAAGAUGGCUAACCUAUGCAGGCUUCAGUUGCAGUUCUAGUAAUUAUUUGUGGAAUUCAUUAUGAUCCAAGGUCAGAGUUUUCAGUGUGCUUCCGUUGUGCUUAUCCCUGUCUAGUUAAUGUCAGAAACAGCUCAAAUGGCUGCUUUUCCCAUGCACACUGGCAUUUUGAGAGUAACUGUUUUAAGGUUGAAUAGUCUUGGGCCAAGUUUUUGAAGAUUUAGUAACCACAGAGUUGUAAACAACUUUCUUACAUGAACUGGUAAGUUCCCGUCUGGCCAAGGUAAGUUAGUAGCAGCUCCUCUUUCUCUUUAUUAAGUUAGCUACAGUAAGACGGUAACAAUCAUAAUGAGGUUGGUUCUUUUUAAGAGUACAUGGUGAUCUUUACUUAUCUGUCUUCUGGCAGUUUGUAAUGACAACUACAAGUGGCUGUUAGCUGUGAGAGUAUCUUCCACCUCUACUGCAGCAGUCAGUGCUCACUUCACUGAGGAGUAUUGUAGCAGUCAGUGCUCGCUUCACUGAGGAGUGUUGUAGCAGUCAGUGCUCACUUCGCUGAGGAGUGCUGUAGCAGUCAGUGCUCGCUUUGCUGAGGAGUGUUGUAGCAGUCAGUGCUCGCUUCACUGAGGGGUGUUGUAGCAGUCAGUGCUUGCUUCACUGAGGGGUGUUGUAGCAGUCAGUGCUUGCUUCACUGAGGGGUGUUGUAGCAGUCUGUGCUCGCUUCACUGAGGAGUGUUGUAGCAGUCAGUGCUCGCUUCACUGAGGAGUGUUGUAGCAGUCAGUGCUCGCUUCACUGAGGAGUGUUGUAGCAGUCAGUGCUCGCUUCACUGAGGGGUGCUGUAGCAGUCAGUGCUCGCUUCACUGAGGGGUGCUGUAGCAGUCAGUGCUCGCUUCACUGAGGGGUGCUGUAGCAGUCAGUGCUCACUUCACUGAGGAGUAUUGUUGACACUUUUCGUACAGUAGUCAUUGCUUAUCUAAUUAAAGGAAGAAGUGCUUUUCACAAGAGCUAAAAUGUUCAUUGCUUUAUUACAUUGUGAUGUAGUUUCGUAAUGCUUUGUGACCCAGGGAGUUAAAAAAGGAAUUCUUUCCACUGUUUCUUUUUGCUACUACAACACCAUUAAAAAACUGAAUGGUACACCUCUC